AUGGCGUCCAUCGCGUCCGUCCCACGUCAAGGGCCAGUGGAUUUGGUAUUGGGCAAGAGCUCUUCUACAACCCUUUCCUUCGAGUCUUUCGACCUUCCAAGCACGAACCAGCGUAUUCUCGGCGCGCCACAUCCCGACAAUACAGUAGCCCCACUGGCACUGAGGCCUUCAAGUCACAGUAACGACAUUAAGUUGGAUGAGGUCAUACAAAGAAUCAAGUCUCUUCAAGCUCAAGACGGGCUACUCACCAAGAAGCUGGCUCUCCACGGGACUCUUCUCUUUCGAGACUUACCGAUCCACGAUGCCGAAGAAUUCAGCAGAUUUGCCCAUUCUUUUGGGUACAAACCACACGAGAUUAUCGGCAUCGUUGUCGACAGACCACUUCUGGCGCCUAACGUGGCACCUGCGAACGAAAGUCCAAAGGACGUUCUAAUUUACAACCACAACGAGUCACCCCAGGUCCCCCAUGCCCCUGAGUACAUUUUCUUCUUCAGCCAAAAGGCUCCAUUAAAGGGAGGGGAAACCCCGAUAUCAUCGUCUCUGGAGCUGUUCCGCCGGGCUCGAGAGGAAAUACCUGACUUCAUCGACGAGCUUGCUCAGAAGGUGAUAUUGAGCAAAGUCACGUACAAGUUCGACAAACAGUACGCGGGUGGAUCAACUCUGCGGCAAGCUUUUGGAAAAGAUUUCUCUGACGAUGACGAUGACGAGAUGAAGCGCAAAAAGAUCACGCAUCAAAUUGCACGGUACGGGAGAGGAAAACAUACGACGUGGGAGUGGGUUGAAGACGGCGUGGUUCUAACACACAGAUUGCCCGCGAUCCGUACUCAGCCAGAGACCGACCUUCCAACCCUCUUCACCGGACUAGCUGCAUACUGGAAAAACAAACAGGGGGCCGUCAGGUCGCGAAAAGAGGUCACAAGACAGCUGUACGGCGAUGGCAGCCCGAUUCCGGACAAAUACCUGGAGCACCUGGCAAAGAUAACAGACGAAAUCACGGUUCUCCACAAAUGGAAACAAGGGGACGUUUUUGUGUACGACAACAUCAUCGCUCAGCAUGGAAGGCAUCCUUGGGAAGGCAAGCAAUCGGACCGCGUUGUUCUCGCUAGCCUUUUUGAUGGGCAUCGCAUUCCUGGUGCUUACGGAGACGCGGAUUGGGCUCAGGUCGUUCAGGCACUUGAUGGAUAG